AUGUCACGGAGGAAACAACCCAAACCGCAGCACGUCCAGGCUGAUGGUUUAUCUCUCACUGAACACAUCGAUGAUGCCUCUCUCAGCUCCGCUCCUCCUGCAGUGGAUCCCGCUGCUCAUGUCUGCAGCCGAUGUUGUGCUGAGUUUAGCGCGCUAUCAGACCUGGAACAACAUCAAGAGGAUUGCUCUACAAAUCCUCCUGUUCUCAUUGUGAAUGAGAACGAGGAUCUGCUGUAUGGCAGCAACGCUCACCCUGCAGCUUCAUUACCAGCCAGUACAGCGGGGGAGCUGGGUGGUGACACAGUCCAUAAGUCUGAGGUGGAAUACUGCAACACGCCAUCACAGGACAGAUCCAACGAAAGUGCAGAAGACAUGGAUUGUUUAAGCAGCAGAAGUAGCCACAGCAGUGUUCAAAGCACCAGCAGUAAUCAGGAAAGUACCUCACUUUUCCCAGCAGCAUCUUUACCUCAACAUGGCUGCCCAGCUGACCAGGGCGGUUACUCAUGGAUGAAGAGCAACGUCAUAAUUGAAAACCUGGAGAACACUAAAGUGGCUGUGGCUCAGUUUUCACAGUCGACUUACUCAGACAGCUUCCACAGUACGUCUGCCAUCUCGUCUCUGCUGCAGCAGCUACUCGCCCUGCAAAUACAGCAAAUCCACCAGCUGCAGCUAAUCGAUCAGAUUCGUCACCAGGUUCUGCUGUUUGCCUCUCACAGAGCAGAGAUACCGGAGACUCUAGUAAUCUGCACCAAAGAGCUGUCAUCUUCAAAAUCCACCAAUCAGCUCAAGGCUCUCAGUGCAUAUUUGUCUCAGCAGCUAGCUGCAGCAGCAGGGAUAGCCAAAUGUUUAUCUACUCAGUCUGCAAACAUGAAUGACUUCAAGCAAUUAACAGCCACUGAGCAGCUGCAGCAAAGUCAACCAGACAGUAGAGAUGCAUCAAAAAGCUCCUCGCAAACUGUCACUGAGCUCACAACCUCAGCUGUUCACAAGCAUGUUCCCAAAAAACAGCACAUGCACUGUGGUUCUUCUGACCCCAAACUGAACUUCUUGUCCCAAACAGAGAUGUCCUCUUUGAUGUUUAGCAAUAAUCAAUUCAUCAGCAAAAAAUCAGAGAGCUCAUACUUACCUCAAUCUACAUCUAGCAAUGAGCAAACGGCAUCAAAGUCGAUACCAAACAUCAGUGCAAUUGUGGAGGAUCUGGAUGCCUUGGCAGCCUUGGCUCAUCAGAGGAGAUUCAAGAAUCUGAAGUUUUCUGAAUCCAAACUCUGUUUGAAAGACUCUUUCUUCAAACACAUGUGCAGGUUUUGUUCCAAAGUACUCGGGAGUGACAGUGCCUUGCAAAUUCAUCUACGUUCACACACUGGAGAAAGGCCAUACAAAUGCAACAUCUGUGGAAACAGGUUCUCCACCCGCGGGAAUUUGAAGGUUCAUUUCCAGAAGCACAAAGAGAGAUACCCAGACAUCCAAAUGAACCCUUGUCCCAUUCCACAGCACUCAAAUAGUAUCAGAACCAAUGCUGGGAUUACUCACAGUAUGUCAACAUCACCAGAGAAAGAAAGCUGGCUGGAUAGGUUGCCAUCUCCAGCUACAGCUACCUCUGGUUCCCUGAAACAGUCAAAAGAGUCAAACAUAUCAUCUCUUAAGGCUCUUAAGCAAGAAGAGCAGCCUAUCUCAGCACCAGUUCCCUGCGCUCAAGGUGAGCUUUACUUUGAUUCAUCAGGAAGUUUUGACUCCAAAUCAACAGCAAACCCUACAAAGACCCGUGACUCACUUGAGAGCAGCCAACAAAGAACAAUGAACAAAAGUGAAGAUGUAAACCCAUCUUUUAACUUCAUCUCAAAAAUGAUGACCACAAAGUCGGAGGGAUCAGCCAAUUUCAUACCCAAACUAUUCACCCAGCCAGACUCUACCUCAUUUUCAGGAUUUCAUUCAUUCAAACACUCUGAGAACCCUGAAAUCCAGCUGCUAUCAGAGAACUCUAACAAAAGUGUGUCGGACCCAAAUGAGUGUGUCAUCUGCCAUCGCAUACUCAGCUGUCAGAGUGCCCUGAGGAUGCAUUACAGGACACAUACAGGGGAGCGUCCGUACCAGUGUCACCUGUGUUGUCGAGCCUUCACCACCAAAGGAAACCUGAAGACACACCAAGCUGUUCACCGUGCUACAGUCCCACUGAGGGUCCAGCACUCGUGUCCAAUCUGCCAAAGGAAGUUCACCAACGCUGUGGUCUUACAACAACAUGUACACAUGCACAUGGAAGGUCACAUACCCAGCACAGACCUUACAGAUCAGAAAUGCACAGCGGAUUGUAACGAAGGAUUCAGAGACAGAACAAAACUGAAUCACAUAAAGAACAUUUCAGAUGACAACAAUGAGGGCUUUUGUGACAACAGAUUGUCUAGAUUCAAAUCUUUGUCUAUCCGUUUGGUCCCAUCAUCAUUUGAUAAAAGCCCCUUUGAUGCUCACAAGAAGACGAGUUACCAGCUUCAAUGGAUCAAGGCCGAGAAACCAGAAGAAUGUUGUCAAACAAACAACCAACAGGCUGCUGAAAGUGAUCAAUGCAACGGCACAUUCCCAACGUCUGACAGUUCCUCUUCCACUCAGUCUACGUCCCCUAACAGUCAAGCUUCAAUGUAUUUUAAACCUGACGAACCUUUCCAGACGUGGCUCAACUCAGCCACUUUAACACUUUGUGCAUCUACUACAGCGCCCACUGACCUAAAACUAUUUAACCACGCAGACGAUUCUCCAAGCUCGAUUAACCUGCGUGAGAAGGGGAUCUGUAAGAACACUUACUGUGAUAUAUGUGGGAAGAAUUUUGCCUGUCAAAGUGCCUUGGAUAUCCACUACAGAAGCCAUACCAAGGAGAGACCUUUCAUCUGCACAACAUGCAACAGGGGCUUUUCCACAAAGGGGAAUCUCAAGCAACACAUGCUGACACAUCAAAUGAGAGACUUCCCACCACGUCUCUUUGAACCCUCCACUCCUAACCCAACACCCAACCAUAAUGGCUCCAUGUUAUCCACUGGUUCACCAGCUGUGAAGACAGAGGUGAAAGCAUUCCUGAACCCCUCUGUUAUAAAUAGCCGGGGUCAUUGUGGUGAUGUAUGUGCUGUUGCACCACCUCGUCGGACACCCAAACAGCAUCACUGCAACACUUGUGGAAAGAGCUUCUCCUCCUCCAGCGCUCUGCAGAUCCAUGAGAGGACUCACACUGGGGAGAGACCAUUUGCCUGCACCGUCUGUGGACGAGCUUUUACUACUAAAGGAAACUUAAAGGUUCAUAUGGGAACUCACAUGUGGAACAGCACCCCGAGCAGGAGGGGCCGAAGACUGUCUGUAGACAGGUCAUCGGUGGGGUUAGGGAGUCGUCCUGUUAAACUUCCCGAGCCACCGCAGAAGACUUCAGAGACUGUUUACAACUGGAACCAAAGUCCACAGCUUUACUCCACGAGUCUGAUGUGUGAGCAGCAGCGGAGAACAAAACCCCCGAAACAUGUGCAGCUUCGGUGGACCCCUGACCUUUUUAACAAGACUGUGCCCCUCAAGAAAAACAACACAAUAGAUCAUAAAGACUGA